GUUGCUAAACAAUGCUUAGGAAAAAAGCCACGUUGACGAUCCCAAGACAAGUCUCGUCUACAAUUUAAUCUAGAAUAUAGCAGCAACUCAUCUCCAAACUCAUCUUUCCGUAUUGCUUCAGAUAUUAUACCGAAGAGGAAAUGUCAUCACCGCCGAAGGAGAAAGUUGAAACCAAAGCUGGACAUCUCCCGGCAGUAAGGGCAGGAGGUAAGAGGAUAGUGCAGAAGCACCAGUCGGCUAUCCCAGAACCACCACAAAAAGAUGACAAGGAGAGUGAGGAGUAUGUAAGCAGCAGUCCACCUAAGCCCACUGUAAUUGUGUCUGGAGUAGUUACAAAGGGCGAUAAAGACUUCACCCCCGCGGCUGCCCAGGUAGCCCACCAGAAGCCUCAACCGUCUGUCCCCAAGCUGCCCCCCACACAGCACAUCAACCAGCAUAUCCACCAGCCCCGCAAGUGAGCCAACCACGCCAGACAAUCACCGCCAUGCAUAUCCUACCAACCAGCCUUUCCAAAGGAACACAGAGGAUGAAGACAUUUCCCCCUUAACAGCAGAGAUCUCAGUUCAUUAACUUCCCUUUGAAAAUCAAAAUCUUCCUUGUUCACCAGUUACGUGACAUGUACAAGGACUUUGCCUGCAAGAAUACCAAUGUAGCCUUUGUAGAAGUCACACUUUUUUUCCAUUCACAGUCGCUCCGACUUGGAGAGGACUGGUUUUUAAAGUCCUGUUGUCGUAAGGAGGGGAUAGACCGUUGAGUUUCUACAGUGGCUACAACUGUGGGAUUAGAGUAAGAUUUAUGAGUGUCAGAUCUGUGUCUGUGAGGGGAUUUUGACCCCAACAAUGUGCUAAGCCAAAUUAGAUCACUACAAGCAUUCAUGUAUUACCACAACCUAUCAGGCCAACAACCACUCACCCUAUAGUGAUGAGCUUAACCUCUUCUCCUCUUAACAUGAGUAUCUUCACAGAGCAAAAUAACAAA